AUGCCCGUCACCGAACUCGCCUGCCUCCGCCUGAAGAACAACCUCCCCCUGACCGAUCCCUCGAACGAGACAGUCUACACAAAACUCCAGAAUGGCAUAAAAGCACAAGCCGAGUACACAAACGCCCACGCAUACAUCCUCUCCCAGCUCGAAGACCCCAGCUACAUCUACAUCCUGGGUCGAUGGGAGUCCGCCGCCCAGCAUCUGGAGGAAUGGAUUCCCUCCCCUAAAAACCAGGAAAUCAUGGCUGGAUUAACGGAGGGGAUUGAGCUGGUCUGGAUCCAGCAUUUGGAUCUUGAUCCGAACCCGUCUUCAGCUGAGGAUGGGUAUGUGAUUCCGUACCAUGCGCCGGUUGUUGGGAUUGGACGGUGUUUUAUUUCGCCUGGGGGGAAGGAUGGGUUUGAGAAGACUUUUGCGGCGACGAGACAUUAUGUUAAAGAGUUUAAGGGGACUAGAGAUGCUGUUGGUGCGUGGAGGGUUGAUCGCGAGGUUGAUGAGCAGGGAAGUCCUAAGGAGGAAUUUGUUCUAUUCUCUGGCUGGGAGGAUAUUCAUGAGCACGAGGAAUUCAGGACGAGCGAGGGGUUCAAGGAGUUUGGGAAGCUCAAGGCGUUUAUUGACGUUAUGGAUGUUAAGCAUGCGAAGUGGGAGUUUACGGCGUGA